AUGGAACAAAUCAGGACGCAAAUCCAGCCUUUGGCGCACCAACUGAAGACGCAAAUCCAACCUUAUGCUGAACAAUUGAAGACGCAGAUUCAGCCUUAUGCGGAACAGUUGAAAACACAGAUUCAGCCAUACGCGGCGCAGUUGGUCCAGAAAACUGAAGCUUACUCGUGGAUUAACUUGCAUGCACCAUCCGUUGCUCAUCCGUUCGGCCUAGAGCUGUGGCCCAUCUUCAGCAAGGUGUUCGAAAAGUAUGCCGGAUACCCUGCGGAAGAUUUUGACUUCAUUUACAACAAGACCUUCAUGGCCAACGGGUACCAGGCCGUUGGUGUGAUCAUCGUUUACUACAUUGUCAUUUUCGGCGGACAGGCUCUUUUGCGUGCGGCCAACGCCUCAGCAGUGAGAUUGAGCUUCUUGUUCCAACUUCACAAUUUGAUCUUGACUUCAGUGUCGUUAAUGCUACUUUUGUUGUUGGUCGAGCAAUUGGUGCCCAUGGUCGUGGAACACGGUUUGUUCUGGGCGAUCUGCUCCAAGCAGGCCUUCGCGCCCAAGUUGGUCACUCUGUACUACCUCAACUACUUGACCAAGUACCUGGAAUUGAUCGACACCGUGUUUUUGAUUUUGAAGCGCAAGAAGCUGUUGUUUUUGCACACUUACCACCACGGUGCCACCGCCUUGUUGUGCUACACGCAAUUGACCGGUAGAACCUCUGUGGAAUGGGUUCCUAUUAGUUUGAACCUGGGAGUUCACGUGGUGAUGUACUGGUACUACUUUUUGAGCGCUCGCGGAAUCAGAGUGUGGUGGAAGGAGUGGGUCACCAGAUUCCAGAUCGCCCAGUUUUUGAUCGACCUGGUGUUCGUUUACUUUGCCACCUACACUUUCUACGCCCACAAGUACUUCAACGGCUUGUUGCCCAACAAGGGCACCUGUUACGGUACUCAAGACGCUGCUGCCUACGGGUACUUGAUCUUGACAUCCUACUUGGUGCUUUUCAUCUCCUUCUACAUCCAGAGCUACCGCAGUGGUAACUCUAAGAAGAAGGCCGCUGCCCAAGCUGCUGCUCAAGUGGCUGAAGAAGCCACCACUGCUGCCACCACCGGCAAAAGAGUCCACACCACCAAGGCCACCUCCAGAAAGGCUUAG